AGCUUAAGGUUUUAUUUUUUCCUAUCUUGCUUUAAAUGUAAAAAAGUGAUAUAUAAUCGAGUAAAAAGAUAUAUGUAAUUAUGUUUACGUUGAAACAUUUUUGUUAGUUCACGCAAACAUUGAGACAAUAACUGAUAUUUAACCUUAAAAAUAGAUAACGACGAAAUAUAUGAAAUUAAAAUAACGUUUGAAAGGCGUGCAUAGCAUGGGAUGUGGCAGUGACACUAGUACUAUAAAUAGGUGAAGAUGGUUUUGAUAAAUUAUCUCUUCUACGGCUAAGAAUUAAAUCUGUGUGGCUGAGCAAUGAGCUUAGUUGAAGCAGUGAAGAAUGCCGGCGAAUCAAGAUGGUGGGAAUGCGAUGGGGCGGUGCCAGACGAUGACGAUAGCAGCGCCAUAAACCGUCACUGGUUUCCUCAAGAUUUUAUGUUUGGAACUGGAACUUCCGCUGCAAGAGGCAUCAGCAUAUGGGAUGACUUCUCUAUGAGGCUUCCUUGGAAAAUAGCUGAUGGAACCAAUGGAAGCCUUGCAUGUGAUAUGUACAACAGAUAUAAGGAAGAUAUUGAGAUGAUGAAGCAAAUGGGAUUUGAUUCCUACAGGUUUUCCAUUUCAUGGCCAACAAUAUUGCCAGUCGGAAGAGUAUCGAGUGGAAUCAACAAAGAAGGAAUUGCUUACUAUAAUGAUAUUAUCAACACUGUGUUGCACCAUGGCAUGAAGCCCUUUGUACACUGGGAUCUUCCUUUGUGCUUGGAAAAAGAGUAUGGUGGCUUCCUAUCCAAAAGAGUAAAGGAUGAGUACGCAGAGGUAUGCUUCUGGGAAUUUGGAGAUGGUGUGAAACACUGGACUACCUUGAACGAGCCAUAUGUCUACAGCGUUCAUGGAUAUGUUAGAGGUUUCUGCGGCGAUUAUCCCAAGAACAUGCAAGACUGCGUUCCACCAGACAACCUUGCAUCUUUUACAAAUCAACAGAAAGAUAAGAUCAUCGAUUUUCUAGGUUUGAACUAUUACACGACACAGUACGCUGCUCAUGAUCCCGACUCUUCGGAUGAGGGAGAGGGCUACCUCGUCGAUCAGAGGCUCAAGUUUCAACUUAUGAAAAACGGUGAAUACAUAGGAACUAAGGCAUGGCUGCAAUCUGUUCCAAAGGGGAUUUAUGAGAUUCUCGUAUAUUUGGAGGACAAGUAUCCAGCAUUAGAAGAAAUAUACAUCACUGAAAAUGGGUUUUCAAGUAAGAAUGAUCCGACGAAGACAGCCAAGAUGGUCUGCAAUGAUGACCACGAUAAGACUAAAUACCACCAAGAUCAUCUUGCUAACUUGCUCAAAGCAAUCAAAUACAAACACAUUUCCAGAAAACUGAAGGGAUAUUACGUGUGGUCGUGGCGCGAUAACUAUGAAUGGACCAGCGGCUACACAGCUAGGUUUGGGUUAGUCUAUGUAGACUUCCUGAAUAACCUCACAAGAUAUCCCAAGGAUUCUGCUGCAUGGUUUGCUAAGUUACUCAAAAGCAACGUGCAGCCACCGGCGUGGUUCCACCCGCAGUGGGUCCCACGGCCGUUGUCUGAGAAGAGAGCACAUGAAGAUGACGGGGAGACACAGACAGACAAAAGGCUCAAACUUGGGGCAAAUAAUCAACACUAAUGCAAUGUCGAGCUGAGUAUUAUGCUGUUCUUUUGUUUGUGUCAAAGGUGCAUUAGAGGUUAGGUCUUCAACCCAUCCAUGAAAUCUUUGUAUGUUUUUACUUUUUUAUCAAUACCAAUAAUAUAUUGUGCCUACUACAUUCAUAUCCUAGUAUCAAUUUUUUACUCAAGCAAGCAACGAGAGAGAGCACACAAGCAAUCAACAUAAUCCACAUAUUUUUCAACUAAAAUAUGAUACAUAUAGAAGAACAAAAUCUUGAAACAAGACUACUUCACAGAAGACCAUUUAGACAUGGCCCGGCUACGAUUGGGGGAGCUGGGAUUUGUUGCAGCAGUCACUUAUUACCUAGAAAAUACUCAAAGCAAGAAUACGGAAAAAAUUCAAAAAGAUCGUAGAAAUACACGGCAAGAACUUAAUAAGACCAGAAAUUGAAGGCAUGGUCUUCAACAGAAAAUCCAUAGCCACAUGAAGUUGCAUGAAGGUGACAAUAGGCAUCUUCAAUCUUAGGAAAGACAUAAGCACGUUGUAGCAUUUCCUCGUUCAAGCAAUCUUCUCCAUGAAGCGAUAAAACAGACUGACUGGGAUCAAAGUCAUGGGGAGACUCACCUGAUUUCACAAACAGAGGAUGAUGAAUCCCGUCUGUCAACCGGGGGCUGUCUUCAUUGGUCACGUCACUUUUUGUUGAGCUUUGCUCGUCAUUCUUAGAAGUCGACACAGAAACUUUAUGCUCUUCUUCAUCAGUAGAAACUGGGAUUGCUUCAGAUAGUUCUUUAGUGUCCGAUUCUCCUGAGCUUGCGUGCUCCACAUCUUGAGCAGUCCCAUCGUGUUUGAGGUGAAGAAC